AUGUCAGAUGCUAAAAAGACACAACAAGUUGUUCUAGUAAGUGGGGAAGGUGAGCAAUUCUCAGUAGAUCGUGCGAUUGCAGAACGUUCUAUUCUUCUGAAGAAUUAUCUUAACGAUAUGCAUGAUCAUGCAGCUAGUGAUUCUGAUUCUGAUAGUGAUAGUGAAAGUAAUCAUGAAUCUAGUACUGAAACAAUUACAAUGCCUGUUCCAAAUGUACGUUCAUCUGUUCUAGGUAAGAUUGUAGAAUGGGCUGAACAUCAUCGUGGUUCAACUUUCCCUGAUGAAGAUGAUGAUGAUUCUCGUAAGAGUGCACCUGUAGAUGCUUGGGAUCGUGAAUUCCUUAAAGUGGAUCAAGAGAUGUUAUAUGAAAUCAUUCUUGCUGCCAACUAUCUGAAUAUUAAGCCAUUGCUAGAUGCUGGUUGUAAAGUUGUUGCGGAGAUGAUCAGAGGUCGUUCACCAGAAGAAAUUCGUCGUACUUUCAACAUUGUUAAUGAUUUUACUCCAGAAGAAGAAGCUGCUAUUCGUCGUGAAAAUGAAUGGGCAGAAGAUAGGUAG